AUGUAUACCAAAAUCACUGCAAACCUUUUUUUAAUUUUGCUCCUCGUUAGCUUCGUAUUGUCUGCACCGGUAUCGCAAGACGAAGCAUGUAAAUAUGGAUAUGACUAUUUGAUUGGGAAAACUUAUGUAUUUGAUAAGGAUCGGGACCCUGAAGGUGUCCCGCCGUAUCAGCUCGUUCAUCAACGCGACUUGCCUAAAAACCAUCGAGCAUAUUAUCCUGAUUCCUUUAUUAUUCUUAAUUAUGAUCCGUCUAGAUUGAAUGUUCAUCUAAAUGAUGAAAGUGAAAAUAAAAUUAUAAGAUUAUCAUGCGGUUAA